GAAAAAAAAAAAAAAAGAAAAGAGAAAAAGGAGGAAAAAACGAUGUAGUAGGUCAGAUUUUUUUACAAUCCUGAAAUAUAUAAAUAUCUAGGGAAGAUAUGAAGAUAUCUGCGGUCAGUUAACUUUGAAUAAAAUAACAUGUUUUAAAAUGAUGUAAUGCUUAGGAAUUAAUCGUUGACAAUUUUUGUAAAUUUUCCUUUUCGUACGAUCGUUUUAUAAAACUCGUUAAAUACAAGGUUCAAUGUUUGACGAGAAUCAUUAUGACGGAAGUUAUCAAACGUUUCAUCCGACAAAACCGGUAUUCUUCGUAUAAUCGCAUGUUUCUUAUUAUCAUUCCGUUUCGCUUCGUCGUAAAUUUUUGUAGCUUUAUGAUUUCUUUAAGCGUCGAAAUCCAUGAGAAAGGUUUAGUAAGUACUUGUAUCGUCGAAGAGGGAUAAAUGCGAAAACAAAAUGGUCGCCGCUUCAGGCCCCGCUUAUCGACACGUACGGAACCAAUUCCAUGAGUGAAACCGGUUUGGAACUAGUUUUCUUCGGUUUUUCGGCCCUUCCCCUCGCAAGAUCCUGUCGCAUACGACUCGAGCACGAGUCGCAUUCGUGUACGGAAUCUCUCUCGGACGUGUGCAAAGUUUCACGGAGGUCACACGGAGGUAUAACCUUAGAAAUGGCAGACGACGAGAAGGAACAGAGAGGUCCGAACGUCGAUGGAAAUCAAAUGGAAAUCAAAAUAGAGCCUACGAUGCAAUGUUACGUCGAGGAGGAACAUGAAAAUAGUUUCUCCAGUUUCGAAGGUAACGGCGCGAUACCCUCUACCGCGGACGUUGGUGCUUUGAAUCUAUGGACUAGCAAGGCUACCACCUGUCUCAUCGGUCAAUAUAAGAAAUAUCGAUCGAUGGUCGGACAAUCGACGCAGAUCAGAAGUUUACGGGAGAUGUUUGAAAUGAUAUCUCUCGAGAUGCAAAAUUAUGGCUUUUAUUUUAGUCCUCAAAAGUGUGAGAACAAGUGGCGUGUUUUAGAACGUAAGUACAAAAAUUUAGUCUUCCGGGAACGAUUGAAAAAGCCUGGAAGAAUGAGACAUUAUGGUCAUUGGGAACAUAAGAGAGCACUCGAUGAAAUAUUCAAUGAGAAAGAGAGACAUGUGUAUUUCGAAGAAAACGAUUUUCCGUCGCCGGCAAGAUCAGUUAAAUACUCUCGGAUGAUUCUACCAAAAACAACGUCGGAACAAGCCACGAGCUCAUCCAAUUCUAAUAACAAUCAAAAUAAUGAUCCGUUGGCUACGUUAAUAUCGAACGCAGUACCGGAAAAACAAAGGGAAGAAUCAGACUACAAGGUUACUUUGACGACGCUAUUUGAAAGAUUUUUGGACGAAAUGGGAAAGAACUUUGCGUUGGCUGAGCGAAACAAGGAGAAACGACAUAAGGAGGAAAUGGCAAUGCGCCAGAACGAGUUGGAAGUAAAAAGAAGAUUGUUGAAAUUGAAAGAACAAAAGAUAGAAUUACAAAAGUGUCAAAUGAUCGCUGCUGCUCAACAUUUUCAUCUUAACAAACAACAUAUUAAUCUAUAAAUUAUAUCUUGAUGCUUAUGAUCAACAUUCAAAGAUCAUGAAAAUGAGAAUGAAGCUUAAGAGGAGAAUAAACACAACUUUUCAAGGUAAAUAAUAUUUUCAAUGUACAUAAAUAAAAAUCCAAUAGUUGAAAGCAGUUCGGUAUGAAAUCCUUUUGCCGUUAGAUGGUGCUCGGGAAGGUUUAAUGUUAUAUUCAGUCGAUAAUGUAGGACCGUUCGACUAGCCUAUUCCAAAAGAUGGCGUAGAUAAUAAUGACGGUAAAGAAACAUGUAAAAUCAAUAUCUUUUUUCUUUUUUGGAUAAUAUAAAUAACAAAUAAAAAUAAGACUGUAAGGUCAAAUUUUUCAUUUUCUAUUUAAAUAUAGAUCAUUUAAAUAACGUCACGAACAAUUGACUUGCCACUAGUUAUUUUUACAAUUAAAGUUAUAUUUAUAUAAAAAUGUACGACAU